UGAUACAAUUAUUGCUCCUAGAUGUCAUUUGUCAGAGUGAACCGUUUCAGCCCCCGGGGAGGAGCAAGGAAGGCACCGAAAGUGAAGAAGAAGAAAACGGCAGUGAAGCAAGAAUGGGAUAAUACUGUGAGUGAUCUAACAGUUCAUCGGGCAACUCCUGAAGAUCUGAUCCGCCGCCAUGAAAUACAUAAAUCGAAGAAUAGAGCAUUAGUACACUGGGAACUCCAAGAAAAAGCUUUGAAGAGAAAAUGGAAGAAGCAGAAACCAGAAAUUUCUAAUCUUGAGAAAAGGAGAUUAUCUAUCAUGAAGGAGAUUCUUUCUGAUCAAUACCAGAUGCAGGAUGCAUUGGAAAAAUCUGAUCAUUUGAUGGCUGCAGCCAAAGAUCUGUUUGUUGAUUUUCCUCGUAGGCGCACAGGUUUUCCGAAUGUAACAGUGGCUCCAGAUUCCUGUCAAGGUCCCAUUGUAGUAAAUCAAGACCCCGUCACCCAGGCCAUCCUUGGUGGAUCUGUUGUGGAGCCUCAGGCUCUUAAUGAAGUAGAUGAUGAUGAAGAAGAAACUAUUAACAGCCAGUCCGAAGAAAGUGAGAAUGAAUUGGAUAAUUCUCUAAAAUCCCAGUCUAAUGUGAGUGCAGACAGGUUUCUUCACCAAUUAAAGGAAGAUAAUUCUGAGUUAAUUAAUAAACUGUGGACUGAUAUUCAGCAGAAAAUAGCAACACAGUCACAAAUAACAAGCCCUCCAGAAACUCCAUCAUCUGCCUCUCCAUCAGAGGAAAAAAAAGCUGCUCUGAAUGCUACCAACGCUGUCAAGAGAAUCCAUACCAGGCUUCAUCCUGAAGAAUCUGCUGAGUCUCUAGACUCGAGCUAUGUUGUGGGACAAGUGCUGAACUCAAGGAAGCAAAAGCAGCUGUUGACUAAAGUGAAAAGAAAACCGGAGUUGCGGGCUUCUUCUAAGCAGAAGAAAAACAUGUUAUCCUCCAGCACAGCCUCCACAGACUUAUCAGGUAGCAACAAUCCCAGCCUGGAUGUCCUCAAACACAUGAUGCAUGAAGUGGAACACGAAAUGGAAGAGUAUGAACGGUCGACAGGACGCGAGGUCAAGGAACCGCAUAGCAGUCAGGGUCUUACAGGCUUCACCCUGUCGCUGGUGAGCUCUCUCUGUCGCCUGGUUCGGUACCUUAAAGAGAGUGAGCUUCAGCUACGUAAAGAGGUAGAGACAAGGCAGAAAUUGGAACAGGUAUUAGUUGAUCAUCGAGAGCUCAUUGAUGCCCUGACAGCUGAAAUUCUACUUCUUAGAGAAGAAAAUACUGCUACUCAGGCGAGACUUCAGCAGUAUAUGGUCACAACAGAUGAGCAACUUAUAUCACUCACACAUGCCAUUAAGAGCUGUCCUGUGAUAAAUAACAACAAAGAAAGUCUGACAACAGAAAAGAGAGCCAAUAGUAGAAUUAUGGACAAUCCAGAGGGUUCAGUUGUAAAUGCUAAUGUCUCCACGCCAUUGAUGUUCAGAGGGGAAGAAGUACUUGAAUUCCCGCAGGAAGACUUGCCUAUCAAACUAUCGCAGAUGCCAAACCCCCCAGACAGUGUGAAUCUGGCCAGUAAUUUUCCAGCACAGAUGUUUGAGCCAGCUCUGUUGUUAACACCACCCAGGCAGAAGAGCAACUCAGAAUUCUCUCCUCUGCAGGAUGUAUUGAGGAGGACUGUUGAAACUCGUCCUGCUCCACGGAUUCCUCCAACGGUGGAAAGAAUUGAAAAGGAACAAAAUUGGGAAAAGCAGACUUUACUGACUAGCACAGACAUGCAGAAUUCAAGCGAGGAGAGUCAUCUCUUCACUCAGAGGUGGAGGGUCUCUCACAUGGGAGAAGAUUUGGAGGACAAAACCCAGGCUCCUUUUGUUAACCUCUCACAGCCCCUGUGCAGUCCCCUCUCAAACACGCAGCAACCGAGAAACCCCACCUUCUCAGAAGAGCCCCCGGUACUGGGGGAUGGGCAACAGCGCAGAGCAAAUGAGGCAUCAGUACAAAGAAAGGACAUCUUGGCAAGAAUCGCUGAGUUGACACUGCAGAAUUCAGCUAUCAAGGCACAUCUGAAUAAUAUCAUUUGGUCAGGGGGAGAGCAAGGGGAUGGACUUCGGGAGUCAAACAAACAGGAGGCAAGUCACACAAGCAACGUGACUGCUCCUUUUCCAGCAGCACGACCUCUAACACCAAGUAGCAUGGAGGAACGGAUUGCAGAACUGAACCGGCAGAGUAUGGAGGCUCGCGGAAAACUCUUGCAGUUAAUAGAGCAGCAGAAGCUUGUUGGUCUGAAUCUUUCCUCUCCACCGGUACCACCUCUUAGAGCUUGGAAUGAUUGGUCACAAAUUCAUGAUUUAAAAGAAGGAGGAAAGAGGACACUUGAGGUAUCUAUUCCAGGAGCAGAAGCCCCAGAAAGCUCAAAAUGCAGUACUGUCUCUCCUACCAGUGGAAUAAAUACAAGAAGAUCUUCAGGGGCUACUAGUAAUUCUUGUUCUCCACUAAAUGCCACCUCUGGAAGUGGGCGAUUCACACCUGUUAAUCCAAGAGCAAAGAUUGAGAAACAAAAUGAAGAAGGCUGGUUUGCUCUUUCUACCCAUGUAUCUUAAGUGAAGUCAAAUUUU